AUGGCAAAGACGGAGAGCGCCGUGCACAUCGGCUUCACUUUCAACAAACCGCUGAAAGCGCCGACUCCGCCCCAGGAUCUUCGGAUCCCACCACGCCCGCCGGCGCCACUCGACUCCACGGGAUAUUCAAAUUCAUCUGCUACAAGACCUAACUCAUCUGCUACAGGCUUAUCAGAAUCUUUUAAAUAUUCGAGUGGCCGGAACCGUGCUACAGAACAUUCCGAAUCAACGUGGUCAAGUUGUUUUGGUGAACUACUGAGAGCACCAACCAUGGUUUGUUGUUGUUUUUGUUGCCCCAUGUACAAGUGUGCCAUAUGGCUGUGUUGCUUCGAACUGAUCGUUUCUUUGUACUGUUGGUACAACAUGAGUCAAGUUAUAUUGAGGACGAUUCAUCACUUGUAAGUUUAUUUGAAUAUUCGUUUAAUAGUACUUUUUUAGUUUGUUAUAGGUUGAACCAAAAGUAAUGGGACACUUUUUAGUUGAAAAGUAACUGAAAAGUGUCCCGCUACUUUUGGGUCAACUUAAUAGUACUGUUUCUGCGGCUUUUUUCUUAUAAUAACAUGUCAUGUCAUCAAAAUUAGGCUAUUAACCUUUUCAAAAUGGAAAAAUCUUUAAAAAUCAACCCUCCCCCUAACUCCCCUGCCAUUUUAAGCUAUUUUCCCUAUAGAAUAAGUUUCAAAAAACAAAGAAUCACAUGUUUACGGUCUCCGUUGUUAUUUUUGAAGACCUUUGCGAGCAAAAAAAAUUGGCCUUGCGUUCGAAUAAUGGCUUCAAAUUACCGGAAAACUCGAAAAAUUCGGAGAUACGCAAGCAAAAACUAUGGCCAACAAACGCUUUUUCUAUUUUUCGAAAACACUUUUUAAAUCAUAAAAAGUUACUGGGUGGUAAUUGCUUUACUUGCGUGUGCAAUGAGGUCUUUAGUUGGUUUUACUUUAGUUUUAUAGGUAUUGGCAUAGAAAAACGUAGUAAAAAGGUUAUAAACGACUUAUUUUGAGCAAACAGUAUAUUUUUAAAUUUGAAAGUAAGCCUGAACAAGCCUAAAACAAUACUAAACAGGCUUAAGAAUCUUUAAAAGUCUAAGCUCAUCUUACCCAUGGUUAAACCUUCCUUUACCAAGCCUAAAAAAAUGUAAAACAGGCCUAAAACCCUUACUGUUUUAUCUUAAUCUUACCCAUGCUUAAAUCUUCCUUUAACAAGCCUACAACUACCUUAAAGCAAGCAUAAAGCAAUCUUAAAAAGACCUAAACAGCUUUAAAGGCCCCCAUUCAUCUCAACCAUGCUUAAAGCUUCGUUAACAAGCUAAAAAUCACCUUAAAAUAAGCCUAAAACAAUCUUAAGCAAGCCUAGAAACCAUAGAAGAUCUUAAACUCUUCGAAUCCCUGCCUAAUUUUCCUUAAACAAGCCUAACAUCACUUUAAAACAAGCCUAAAACCACCUUAAACAAGUCUAACCCAACAAACCCUUUUCAGAGACUUUGGAAAUGCGUUCAUGAUUUUCGUGAUGACAUUCUGGAUUGUAACCCUGUUCACCGCGUUUGGUAUGUUAAUUGCGGCGCACAAGAAGAAGAAUGCAUCGUAUGUGCUGCCACGAUUAAUUCAACAAAUUGGCCUACUGGUUUGUGGCUUCGUGUUCGGCUUCUUGUGUAUUUUUUACUUUACCGGCGGUGCCCAGAAGAUUAAUGGCUUGGUGUUUUGGGUUUACCGAGUAAGUAAUUACGGAUUAACCGUUGUUUUUGAUUAGGAAAGAGAUAAUUGUUAGUUUUUGUGGGUUUUUAGUUAACAAUUGUAUGGUUUUGGAUUGUUUUAGUUUACUUGAUAUAGCUAUAUCUUUUGAAAGUUUUAGUCCAGUAACUAUUAGUUCAUGUGGACAUAUCUUUUGAUCUUUUUAAGCGUAAAGGCCUACCUAUUAAAUUGCAAUUUUUGAGCCUUAAGGCUUAUCUAUUGCGUUAAACAUUUUAAGCCUAAAGGCCUACCUGUUGCGCAACAAUUUUUAAGCCUAAAGGUCUACAUAUUGAGCUAAACUUUUUAAGCCUAAAGGAUGACUCUUGGUGCAAAACAACCUAAAAAUAAAGUCCGCCUUAAGUUGAGUAAGUAUAUUGUAAAAUACGAUCUUUUUAACUAGGGACGUAUAUUAGAGUUAGUAUUAUUGAUAUAGUUUCAUAAAGUGUUUGAAAACCUGAUUUUAACCCAAAAAUCGCCAAUUUUAAGCCUAAAAUGGGCAUUUUUAAACCAAAAAAUAAAUAAUUUUAAGCCUAAGAUAAGCCAAAAAUGAGUAAUUUAAAAUUUUUCGAAUAUUAAAACCACUGUUUACGGGUUAAAACAAACAAUGGGAGUUAAUUGACCCAAAGUUGGCUGCUUUUGGCCCGGCUCCCCUGAGGGCUUCGACCUCUUUUUCUAACCAAAAAAACGGGGACCGCUCGAAUUGCCUCCGGAUUCAGCGUCGGUCUAUGAAAUUAGGCCGUUUUUGCAUAACGCAAUAUCAAAUUGGAAGUGAAAUGGAUUCGAAAAGACUUUUUGGGUCAAUCACGCUUUACUUUUGAUUAGCAUAUGGUUUUUUAAGCCUAAAAUUUGGUUUAUGAUUUGAAAUUUAAAUUUUAAAAAAUUAGGCUGAAGGAAGAUUUUAAGCCUAUUUUUUUAGAACACUACGCUUAAACUUGAUUUUUACAGUCUAAAGCUAUCUAUAUUUAAGCCUUAAAGUUAUAAAAACUAAGUGUAAUAAGCUAAAAUUUAAAAAAGUGUGUUUUUUGGUUCAAAAACGUGUUGUUUGUUUAUUGUUCAAAACCGCCUAAUACAACAUUGUUAAGGUUGUUGUUUGGUCAGUGAGUUCUCGCCUUAAAUUUUAUUGUUUUUGAAAUUCUUUUAGUUUGAAUUUCCAAGUAAAAUUGUUGUUUCAAGUCGGCGAGCAUUCAAAACAAUAUAGGUUUUUUAAUUGUUGACGUCAGUUUUAAAUUUGAAUUAAUAAACCUUGAAGGCAAAACAGUUUACACUUGAACUGCAAAGCUCGCUAGUAAUUUAAAGCUACUUUAGGCUUAUUUCUUGCUUUAAAUCAAGCCUAACACCUAUUUUUGACCCAUAAAUUCAUGGUCCACUCUAUUUUUCAUUUAAUUUUUGAGUCAGUACCAGUAGUACCAUUAAUAAAAAUUUGCCAAAACGUUCCCAAGAUAUUGUUCAUUAUAUCUAACCAUCAAUUCCUUACACCUAAAACACACUUUUUCCACGUUCACCUCCCUAAACACUUUAUUUUAGGUCUUCUUGGACGAAGAACUUGACGUCCAUGCCCAGAAGGAAGUCGCGGCCGAACUUCGCUUUUAUGGCUUGUUAUUUAUCUUAUUGGAUAUAUUCUUCAUAAGUUAUGUCUCUUUUGGGUUCUGUAUUACGCGCAAGUACCAUAAGGAUAUGGAACGUCAGCAUGGCAGUGGCUUCGCGCCGGUAUCACAAUAUGAACCAGCCAACCCGACCGCUCCGCCACCACCCCCUAGCAACCCAAAUUUUAAAGUUUAA